AUGGCGCUUCCGCUCUGGCGCCUAGCAACGCGUCCGGCAUUUGCCGCCGCCGCGGCCGCAUCUACCCUCGCAGCAGGUGCCUCUCUCUCGCGCGAUCAGACGAGGUCCAUUCCUCUGGCAGCAGUUGCUUAUGCCGACGAUGAAGUGCUCCACCCCCCGCACAUCACAUGGCCGCAUUCUCCGUAUCUUGCCUCUUUUGACGCUGCAGCGAUCCGGCGUGGAUAUGAGGUCUAUAAGAAUGUCUGUUCCUCGUGCCAUUCCAUGAACCGGAUCGCAUUUCGGAACCUCGUCGGCGUCGCCUACACUGUGGAUGAGGUCAAGGAAAUGGCCGAGGACAUUGACGUUGAAGAUGGACCUAACGAAGAAGGCGCUAUGUUUUCUCGCCCGGGACGUCUCGCAGACACUCUCCCGGCCCCGUACCCGAACGAGGAAGCCGCUCGCUACGCGAACAACGGCGCGCUGCCACCCGAUCUUAGCUUGAUCACCAAGGCCCGACACGGCGGUGAAAACUACCUUUGGGCUUUGUUGACAGGGUAUCGUGACGCUCCCGAGGGUAUCAACGUACGCGAAGGGUUGUACUACAACCCGUACUUUGCUGGCGGCCAGAUCGCCAUGGAGAGGGCUCUUUACGACGGCGCUGUCGAGUACGAUGAUGGCACAGAGGCAACUACCAGCCAGAUGGCAAAGGAUGUCUCCACAUUUUUGGCUUGGGCUGCGGAACCGGAACAUGACCAACGGAAAAGAAUGGGCAUGGAGUGGAUCGGAGGUUUCACCAUUCUCUUCUUUGGCAUGCUUUACAUGAAGCGCUUCAAGUGGUCACUGUAUAAAACUCGUCGCCUGGAGUUCCGUUAGGCCUGACCGACGCAGCAUUGUCCUCGUUACGGCCUGCCAUAGCAGAACUAACCAAGAAAUGCUGAGGCCCUUUUUGCUUCAGUAAAAAUUCUCCUACAAUUGAAUCUCUAAAA